GGCAAUUACUAUUGAACGAUUUGAAAAAAAAUUAGGAGAAUUAACCGAAAAAGAAAUGAAUGAAAUUGAAGAGAAAUUAGUUUUUGUUUUACAUUUAGAAAAUUUAGUGAAAAGGAGAGUUCAGUUGAUAGUCCAAAAGUAUUUGAAGUUAAUAGUUAAAUAUCGGAGAAAGGUCAUUGAUGAUGUUAGAUCAAAUCGAUUAAAGGAAAUAUUCGAAAAGAUUGCUCCUAAUUAUCGUAUUUCUCUCCAAGAGUGA